CAAGUAGUGGAUAAACCUUUCCCCCAUUAUGCGAACACCACCCUGUAUCUGUCUCUUGCACUGCUCCAUCAUCCUCUCAGCCUCUCAAAGUCCAACCCCAAAACCGUAGCUCCGAAGUGUCUCCGAUGGCCCUUUCCGUCGAGAAAGCCUCAUCUGGCCGAGAAUACAAGGUCAAGGACAUGUCUCAGGCCGACUUUGGGCGGCUCGAGAUCGAGCUCGCCGAGGUCGAAAUGCCCGGUCUCAUGUCCUGCCGGGCCGAGUUCGGCCCGUCUCAACCUCUCAAAGAGGUCCGCAUCACUAGCUCACUCCACAUGAACAUCCAGACCGCCGUAUUCAUCGAAACCCUCACUGCACUCGGCGCCACCGUACGGUGCUGCUCUUGCAACAUCUUCUCCACCCAGGACCACGCCGCAGCCGUCAUUGCCCGUGACGACGCCGCUGUUUUCGCCUGGAAAGGCGAAACCCUCCAGGAGUACUGGUGGUGUAUUGAGAGGGCACUGGACUGGGGUUCGGAAGGUGGUCCAGAUUUGAUUGUUGACGAUGGCGGAGAUGCGACCCUUUUGAUUCAUGAGGGUGUUAAGGCUGAGGAAGAGUAUGAGAAGACAGGGAAGUUGCCGGAUCCGAGCUCGACGGAUAACGUGGAGUUUCAGUUGGUUUUGGGGAUAAUUAAGGACGGGAUCAAGGUGGAUCCGAAGAAGUAUCACGAGAUGAAGGAGAGAUUGGUUGGGGUUUCGGAGCAGACGACCUCAGGUGUGAGGCGGUUGUACCAGAUGCAAGUUAAUGGGACUUUGCUAUUUCCCGCCAUCAAUGUUAAUGAUUCAGUCACUAAGAAAAAGUUUGAUAACUUGUAUGGAUGCCGCCACUCACUGCUUGAUGGUCUUAUGAGAGCCACUGAUGUUAUGAUUGCUGGAAAAGUUUCUGUAGUGUGUGGAUAUGGAGAUGUGGGCAAGGGCUGUGCCGCUGCUCUGAAGCAGGCUGGUGCCCGUGUGAUUGUGACAGAGAUUGAUCCCAUUUGUGCUCUUCAAGCUCUAAUGGAAGGAAUUCCAGUCUUGACUUUAGAAGACGUUGUCAAAGAAGCUGACAUUUUUGUAACCACCACUGGAAACAAAGACAUCAUUAUGGUUCAUCACAUGAAACAAAUGAAAAACAAUGCAAUUGUUUGCAACAUUGGGCACUUUGAUAAUGAGAUUGACAUGCAUGGUCUUGAAACUUACCCAGGUGUCAAGCGCAUCACAAUCAAGCCACAAACUGACCGUUGGGUAUUUCCCGAGACUGGGACUGGCAUCAUCGUUCUUGCUGAGGGAUGGUUAAUAAACUUGGUAUGUGCAUCUGGGCAUCCUAGCUUUGUGAUGUCAUGUUCUUUCACAAACCAGGUGAUUGCCCAACUUGAGCUUUGGAAGGAGAGGGCAACUGGCAAGUACGAGAAAAAGGUGUAUGUUCUGCCCAAGCAUCUGGAUGAGAAAGUUGCAGCCCUUCAUCUCGGAAAGCUUGGAGCUAAAUUGACCAAGCUUUCUCCUGAGCAAGCUGCUUACAUUAGCGUUCCUGUUGAAGGUCCUUACAAGCCACCUAACUACAGGUACUGAGAAAGAAGAUCUGGAUGAAGGCUGGUUGUACUAUUACUGUUUUUGGCUAGUUUUGUGGUUUUGAUUGCUAGAGCUGGAAAGAUUCUCUGUUGUAGUCAUGUUACUCCAAGUUGUAAUUAUUAUAUUUGAGAGAAUGGUAUGUUGUUUUUGCGAUUUCAUUCUAUUUUGGAUUCGGAUUGGGGUUAUGUCAGUAUUCCUGGAGGAGGAAUUUUAGCAGAUCAAGGAGUGGUUUGGAUGUGUCUUGCUUUUGUUCACUUUCAAUUUUGUUUUCCAUUCUCCUAUGUAGAGUGGACAGAUUACUGUUAUU